ACCGUCUAUUUUUAUAGCUUAGCCUAAAAAGCACGAGUCAGGCUCUCGCAGUGAUGGUGAUGUCUGUGCUCGACUUGGCCGUCCCUGGAGCGGGUACGCUGGCGGAGGCGCUCACUACGAUCUAUAAGCUGUGUGGUGAGAUGAGCGAGAGGAAGAAUGUGUGUGGGCAUCUGCACUCUGGACUAAUGUGCAUCAUGGACGGACUGGAAACGAAGCAAGACGACGAUCAGUUUCCAUCGAAAGAAUCGCUGGAUAAGUUUGUGACGGUAGUGCUGAAAUUACUACGUUAUUUGGAUCAGUGUAAAGGAAAAGAGCUUGUUUAUCGAGUUCUGGAGUGUGGUAAGAUGACAGUUGAGACGCGGCAGGUUUAUGAGGAUAUCGCAGAGCUGUUUGAGUUGUUUGACGUUGUAAUGGUCAAUUGGAGCGAGCAGUGGGAGCACGAUCUUCGUGUCCAGAGAGACGUAUUGAUUGCGUCAGUUAGGGACAAUGAGGUGCUUCUUCGCGAUCUACAGAGCUCGCGAGCUCAAGUGGAUGCAUUGUUAUCGCUGAAGUUCGAACUGGAGCAGCGAAUAGCUCAACAUGACAAGAAAAUUGUGGAAUGUAUUAAGUCAAUGAUAGCGACGAUCACUUAGGCUUCGAAGAUAGAAGUAGGUGACGUACCGCCUUGGUUUAUUCCUUCAUAUGUGAAGUUUCAACCGA